AUGGUUUUGGAGGAAGACCCAUUUGCACUUGAGAUCAUGGCGGUCCUCUUACCUAAAGGCUUCAACCAGACCAUGAUAGAAGCAUUUGAUGGAGUCACGGAUCCGCUUGACCACUUGCGGACCUUUGUAGAUUUGAUUAGACUUUACGCGACCCCGGACGCAGUGAUGUGCCGGUCAUUUCCCUCCACACUUAGGAAGGAGGCCAAGGACUGGGUAGCAACCUUGGCCCCGCGGUCUAUCAAGAUGUUUUAUGAACUCUCUAGGAGCUUUGUGGCUUAUUUCCUAAGCAACAAGAGGAAGAGGAAGACGGCUAUUGGGUUCAGCCGGGCCACUCUUUGCAUAAAGGACUUGCAAAUGUCUGCAGUGGUUACCGCCUUGAUGAAUGGAACGCGAAAUCGGGCCUUUCAGAUGUCACUCUCCAAGAAUCCCCUAGAGUCGAUGCAUGACCUGUUGAAGGAGGGAGACAAGUACGUCAAUGCAGAGGAAGCGAAGAAGGUAACUAAAAAUUUCAGGGAUGGAUGGGAGACAAAAGCUCAUAAGCGAAAGACAAAUGAUGAGCGGAGGCACGAUGAUAAGAACAAGUCGAAGAAUGAACGCAUGAAUAAGGGUUAUACUCAGGACCGAUCAGUUAAGCAGAAGCGAGAGGAGGUACAAGCGCCUACCCCUUUGAACGUCCCACGUACAAAGUUAUUAAUGGAAAUACAGCACAUGAAAGAGCUCGAAUGGCCAAAACCGAUGCUGACUCCCUCCAGCAAGAGAAAUCAAAAUAAGUACUGCCAUUUUCAUAAAGAUCACGGACAUGAUACCGAAAAAUGUCUGCAGUUGAAGGAGAAAAUCGAGCACCUACUAGGGCGAGGACUAUUGGCUAAGUAUGUAAAAGACGACAGGGGCAAGCAAAGGCUCGAUGAUCGACCCCCGCCAAGGGUAGGAGUAAUAAAUAUGAUCAUCGGGGAUGUAGCGUCGGGCGACGACUCAAAUUCUGCUAGAAAGAGCUAUGCGCGUUCCGUGGGGGUCUGCUCAAUCCAGAAAAAAGCUAGGUUCAACCAAAGCAUUACUUUCGACGAAGAGGGCUUGAUCGGUAUAACGCAUCCCCAUGAUGACGCCUUAGUGAUAGUAGGCGAUAUAGCGGAUUUUGACGUGAAGAGAGUGCUAGUUGACGGGGGAAGUGAGACGAAUGUCCUCACCUGGAAUGCCUUCUUGGGUCUAAAGAUUCCCCCGAGAAGUUGA